GUUCCAGACUAGAUCAAUUGGAUUAUUUCUCGAUGCAGAGUCGUGCACGCGAAAAUGACCGUAAAUUUCUUCAAACUUUUCACCAUGUUUUUCGAUGAAAAUACCUCAUGAUGCUGAAAAAGAAGAGGAACAUCCGCCAGCGGGAAGAAAGCAGCGACGGGGAGGGGGAAAAGACCGACCAAAUUCCGUUUCUGGAGGAAACGUACCACUCACAAGUAAAAAGUGUUCAGAAAACGUUGCAGCAGAAACUCGAGAAAAAGACCAAGAAGAAAGAUGUGAAGAGCGGCGGGACCGAGGGUGGAGGCGCCGGGGGAGCGGGAGCGGGCACGUCGGGAAGUCUGCUCAGCUUUGAUCAUGAAGAUGAUGAAGAUGGUGGAGAAGUCUUUCAGAUCAAGAAGUCCAGCCACAGCAAGAAAGUCGCCAGGAAGCUGAGGGAGCAGGCGAGGAAAGACAAACAGCGAGAGGAGAUGGCUAAGCUAGUCAAAGGGUCUGCCGAUAAUAAAGCCAAACAGCCAGCAGAAAUCAAGGGCAAUGGCACAGCAGCAGCAGUUCACAAGCCGUCGGGAACUAGAUUGUUGCCUAAGGACCGAGCGGAGCUGAUUCUGAAUGGCAUGGAUGCGGAGGCGGCAGCCAUGGAAGAGGAAGACAGGCGGGAGAUGGAGGAACGAGUGCCCGUCAUUGCACCAGGAAUGAUCCCAGAUGCAGCCACCAUUUUCGCCGCCCGAAAGCGCCGUCAGAUCGCGCGGGAGACCGGCGGCCGGGCCGACUACAUCCCUCUCGAUGACACCAAGCGCUACGGCAACACGGGGAAAAAGGCCGGGCGCGAGGAGUCGCGCCUGGUGCGCGACGAUGACAACGACGCCAGCGACAGCGAAGAGGAAGGCCGGAUGAGCUUCACGGUGAAACACGGGACGAACAGACAGCGGAUGCGAGAAGCCAUCAAUGAAAAUGUGGAUGACGGCAGCGACCACGACAAAGACCACAGCGAGGAACUGCAACGCUGGGAACAGGAGCAAAUCAAGAAAGGAACCAGCGUACCGCAAGCCCAAGAAUCGACCACUUCAUCUGCAGCUGCCGCUGCGGCCGUGGCCGCCUCUUACUACUACCAACAGCAAGAGUUCCCUUACGGCCAGCCCACUAGCCAGUAUGCCACGCCUGUGGGAGGGGCCUAUGGGAUAGGGGCGGAGCAACAGCCUGUCAUCCACGCCCUGAACACGACGCCCAUGUGCGAGAUGCCCGUCGUCACCAUUGAGCAAGUCAAGAAGAAGCUGAAGGACUGGUUUGAAUCGGUGAAGGACGUCCACCGAGCCCACGAGCGUGAGUUGGAUCAACAGCAGGAACGACUAGAAUCCUCGGCCGAUACCUCGGUCAGCUUGAAGGACAGUCAAGGCGGCGUCAGCGGACAGUACCAGUUCUUUCAGGAGAUGAAGGGCUACGUCAAGGACCUAGUAGAGUGCUACGGAGAAAAGGUGCUGAUCAUAGACGGCCUUGAGAUGGCCAUGAUGGUCCUCCUCCAGACCCGAGCCAACCAGCUGGCCAAGCGACGACAGACGGACAUCCGGGAUCAGUCUGAGGAGUUCACCGGGAUGCUGCAGCGAGCCGCGCUCUCUGCCAACUUUGACAGCGGCGGUGGUAAGAUCAAGACGGAAGACGUCAGCAAACAGCGGAGGAUGGCCGAAAGGGAAGCAAGAAGGUCUAGAAGACGACGGGCGAGGGAAGGACAGAGUGCGGAGGAGACAGGAGGACACAUUGAAGGCUUGUCUAGCGACGACGAACAGAGGGAGAGUGAGGCUGAUAAAUUCAACAAGGAAAGAGAUCGCAUCAUGGUAGAAUCCCAGCGCGUCUUUGAGGACGUGGUUGAGGAGUACCACGCCAUCUCUAUCAUCCUGGGCCGCUUUGAGAAGUGGAAGUUCCAGCACGGUGAGUCUUACCGCGAGGCCUACAUCAGCCUGUGUCUGCCCAAGCUGCUCGGCCCGUUGGUCAGGCUUCAGCUGCUGGAUUGGAACCCACUUCAGUCCAACUGUCACGAUCUUGAGGAGAUGCCGUGGUACGAGUCCAUGCUCUUCUUCGGCUUCCGCGAGUCCAAGGACCUUGAGUCUGAAGACCUGGACGUCUCCAUCAUCCCAAGACUGGUUCAAAAGGUAGUGUUACCCAAACUUGCAGAUUUGGUUGGGGAGGUCUGGGACCCCGUCUCCACCACCCAGACAAACCGACUGGUUAGUCUGGUCCACAAGCUGGUCGAGGAUUAUCCGACGGUCAACAGCGACAGCAAGAACACAAGGGAGUUCUUGAAAGCAUUGGUGGACAGAAUGCGGAGAACACUGGACGAUGACGUUUACAUGCCGCUGUUUCCAAAAGAUAUGUUGGAGAAGUCUGCAGCAGCCAACAGUUUUCUGCAGAGGCAGUUCUGGUCAUGUGUCAAGUUGCUAGGCAACCUGUUGCUAUGGCACGGUCUGAUAUCUGAGGAUCACCUCCUGGAGUUGGCCAUUGACGGUCUGUUGAAUCGCUACAUGCUGCUGUCGCUGCAAAACUCGGAUGUGAACGAAGACAGCAUCCUCAAAUGCCAAAGAAUCGUGGCCACCUUCCCACCCCAGUGGUUCAAGGAGCUACAAGGCGACGAGACACUCAGGCAGCUGGAACCAUUCUGUCGAUACCUGGAACAUGCUGCUGAAUCCCUGAAGAGACAAGGCACUGUGGGGAACGACCUCGACAGGAGAAAUGCAAGGGCGGGGUUAAAGGCAGUCACCAAGCUGCUGGUCACCAUUCACGCCAUGGACCAUGCCCUGAACAUCUCGCAAGGGAUCAGCCUACGAGACAUGAAAGAGAUACUGGAGAAGGAAUGAAGACUCUCCCAAAAAAAAUACUAAAAGAAAUUGAUAAAGUCUAGCCCCAAGAUUGAGUGGGUUAUAAACUUGCAACUUAGAAAUCAUGAGCAAUUUUGAGACUCACAGAAUCCAUUCUCCUUUUCGUUUUCAUUUGUUUGUAAUUUGUUUUUUCCUCACGGUACGGUCAGUUCUGCAAAAUUUAUCAUAUUUAUUGUGCCGAGUUACUGUCGUGUCACCUAUUUAAUUGUCCGUGCAUAAAUAUAACUGACCUAUCGCCGUUUGUUGAGUUGGCCACGCCCCUUAAACAACCCUAUGGAAUUUUUGUACGCUAAGUUUUGUUUGUCUCAGAUGUUGCGCAUUCUGCGUCCAUUUGUAUAUCAUGUUAUUGAACCAUAUUUGACAAGCUGCGUUGACGCGAAGCUAAUGCGAUAGGUCUAUUUAGUUCACUGGGAGAGUGUUUGUAGCAAUCAUAAUGCAUUGUUAGUUUUCUUUUUAUUGACAGUGAUUUUGUGUAAUUUUAGUUAUACAUUGUUGAGUACUCAUAAAAAUGAACACCAUUCGGUUGUGACAUUUUAGGAACACAUUUAUUUGUGCGUUUUAUUUCAACUGUUCAAAACGUAUAACAACUGGUACAAGGUAUCUGAAAGCAUUUGGAAUAUUAAAACAACUGUAAAUAUUUCACAUUA